AUGGCCGGUUACAGACCUGAAGAUGACUACGAUUACUUGUUCAAGUUGGUCCUGAUUGGUGAUUCUGGAGUUGGCAAAUCCAACUUGCUUUCCAGGUUCACUAAGAACGAAUUCAAUCUCGAGUCCAAGUCCACUAUUGGGGUCGAGUUCGCAACCAAAAGCUUGAGUAUCGAUGGCAAGGUCAUCAAAGCUCAGAUUUGGGACACCGCUGGCCAAGAAAGGUACCGAGCCAUCACUAGUGCUUACUACCGAGGAGCUGUUGGUGCGUUGCUUGUCUAUGAUGUGACUCGACACUCUACCUUUGAGAACGUGGCAAGGUGGCUGAAGGAGUUGAGGGAUCAUACGGACCCCAAUAUCGUGGUCAUGCUGAUUGGGAAUAAAUCGGACCUCAGGCACCUGGUAGCUGUCCAAACCGAGGAUGCCAAAGCAUUUUCGGAGAGGGAGUCCCUCUAUUUCAUGGAGACAUCAGCUCUCACUGCAACAAAUGUGGAGGGUGCAUUCACUGAAGUCCUGAGCCAGAUAUACAAGAUUGUGAGUAAGCGGGCUGUUGAGGGAAGUUCUGAUGGAAGUACCUCUGUUUCUCUUAAGGGAGAGACCAUAGAUGUCAAGCAGGAAUUGUCUGUUCUCAAGAGAAUGGGGUGCUGCUCAAGUUAA